GUCAAACCUCCAACGUACGGUUUGUGACAUAGUGACGCCCUUCAAGCAAUACGCGUCUGUUUUUGACCGGGUCACCAGCAUGGACGCUCCUGGCAACGUCCCUUGGCAGCGCUUGCAGCCCGAGCUCAUUGAACGUGUCGCUUCUUUCUUACCGCCGAACCAUGUUGCCACGGGACUGCGUGGAGUCAACCAGGCGACAUGGGCGCUCUUCAAGCGGCACAUCGCAGUGCGGUGCUCGCAGUCGGUCCCAUAUGUAAUAUAUAAAUCAAAAUGGACGCAAGACAUUCUUCGGCAGCUGUCGCUCCAGCAGCGACAGAUGCUAGUUUCCCUCACCGCCAGCUCCGGCAUGCUGGAGAACCUGAAAUACAUAGUUGAGGCAGCGGGCUGCGAGCCGCUGCCUCAGGCGCUGUCCGCCGCGGCGGGGGCCGGCCACAUCGACGUGUGCCACUGGCUACGCAACGAGCGCGGCUGCGCCUGGGGCUGGGAGGUGGCGGCAGAGGCGAGCCGCAACGGCCACGUGCACGUGCUGCAGUGGCUGCACGACGGCGGCUGCCCCAGCUCCGAAACAGUGCUGUCCGCGGCCGCCGGCGCCGGCCACGAGGCCGCAUGUGGCUGGCUCAUACAGCACGGCGCGUUGGCGGCGCUGGACCGCCUCACCGUGCCCGGCUGGAGCGUCAUGGCGGCGCGGGAGGCGGCGUACGGCGCCCAUCUGGACCUACUGGAUCAAUUAUUUUCUUUACGACCGUUCACGGCGCUUGACCGUACGGAUGACGAGUAUGGCACGGUGCUGGAGGCGGCGGCGCGGUCGUGCGACUGCGCGGCGCUGCAGCGGCUGUACGGCAGCUGGCGGGCGGCAGUGAUGGCGCCGUCGAUAGAGGAGAUGACGGAGAUGCUUUUGGGGCCGCGGUAUGCCGGCGAGACGGAGGCGGAGCAGUGUGCCCGCUGGGCCGAGCUGCUGCGGUCGUACAUGGACGAGGCCCUGGAGAGCCUGGAAGCGGCGGCGGAGGCCGCCAACCCAGCCGGCGUCGCCGCACUGCGCAGCCGCCGCCGCGGCGCCGCCGCUGGCAUCGCUGCCGGCAUGGCGGCCGGCGGCGCCAUUGCCGUCACCACCGUCGCCAACGCGUCGCUGAGCCUCACGGCCGAAGCGGCGGCCCUGCUCCCCUACAUCAUGCGCAGCGGCAGCACACCGGCCGCCGCCGCCGUGGCGCGGCCUUUCCCGCCCCCCGUGGGGCGCCCCGGCCCGCCGCGUGACCUGCCGCCGUACUACGCCCGCGCGCUGCUGACGUCAGCUGUGUCCAGCCACACGCCCGACUGGCGCGACAAAGCCGCAUGGCUGCUGGCGGCGGGCGUGGGUCGGGCCGACGGCGAGGCCUUUGAGCGCGUGGCGGCGCUGCCGGACGACGGUGACGCUCUGCAGCGGCUGGAGUGGAUGGCGGCGCAGGGCUGCGGCUUCCUGCCGCUGCGCGACGCGUCGUGGCUGAUGGGUGCGGCGUCGGAGGCGACGCGGCAGGGGAACCUGUGCACCCUGGAGUGGCUGAUGGGUGCGGCGGCGGCGACGGCCGGUGCCGGCAGCGGAGUCCAGCGCGGCGGCCCGACGGCGGCGGCGGGGUGGGCCGCCGUGGCCGAUGCAACAGCGGCGCGCGGCGCACUCGACUACCUGGGUCGCGCUGGCGGCGGCGGAGCCGCCGGCGGCAGCGCCGCCGGCGGAGCCGGCGAGCCGCCGCCACCGCCAGGCUCCAAGGCAGCGCUGGCGGCGCUGGCGGAGUUGGAACGGGCUGUAGCAGGCUGUGCGGCCCGCUGGGGCCGGCUGGCGGCGCUACAGCUGCUCGACACCGUCGGCUGUAGCGGCGCCCUGCAGGACCGGCUGUUCCUGUGCAAACUGGCCUUGGCGGCGGUGGAGGCCGGCUCGCUGCCGGUGACCGAGUGGGUCGUGCGGCGCCGUAACACCCUGCAGCGGCUGGCGGGCAGGUCCGAUAAGGGGACCGGGCUUGAGGCUUGGACCGGGUCGGCAGCGGCGGUGGACGUGGAGGCGGGCGAGCUGGAGAGGCUGCCCGAAGUGGUGCGUGCGCAUUGCAUGCUGCGCGCUGUGGCGGGAUAUGUGCGCUCGCACAUGGAGAGCGAGAGCGCCCGGCGGAGCGCGGGGCGCGGCAGCACCGGUGGUGCCGGGCCUGGCGGCAGCAGCACCAGCAACGGCGGCGGCGGCGCCACUAGCAGCAGCGCUAUGGGCAUUACGGCCUUGCUUGAGCUGUUGGACUGGCUGUAUGAUCGCGGCGGUGUGUUGGCAGCGGACGUGUUCCGGCACGCGCUGCGAAGCCCCGCGGGGGCGGCCGGUACGCUGCCGCUUCUGGAGUGGCUGGUAGCGCACGGCAGCGCGCGGGAGGGCGGCGCCGCCGCCGCCGGUAGCGGCACCAGCAGCAGAUGCAGCGGCCGCGGCGGGCCCAGCGAUGCUGCUCGCGGUGCUGCUGGUGCUGCUGCUGGUGGUGGUGGCGGUGGCGCCAAGGGCUGCGGCGUGGUGGCGGGUGAGGAGGUGGUUGCGGCGGCGGAGGCGGGGUGCGCCGCAGUGCUGGAGUGGGUGGUGGCGCGGGGCAGAGCACGCAUGCCGCCACUCAAGCGGGCGUACGCUCAACCGCUGGCGGCCGGCGACGUGGCCACCCUGCGGCUGUUGCGGCGCCUGCGUGUGCCGUGGCGCGCGGGCCCCAAGACCUUCACGGCCUCAGUCCGCUGCCGGCACCCGCUCAUGAGCCUGCGGUGGCUGGUGGGCUGUGUGCCGGAGGAGGGCGGUGCCGCGGUGGGCGCCGAGCAGUGGGCGGCGGCGCGCACGUACGAGCAGUCGUGGGCGGGCGGGCGGCGCGCGCACGUGCUGACGUGGCUGGCGGCGCGGCAGGGGCUGCAGCAGCUGCAGCAGCAGCUGGAGGCGGGGGCGGAGGCGGAGGAGGCGGAGAAUCAGGGGGAGGAGGGGGAGGGGCAGGAGGGGGAGGAAGGUGUGGCAAUGGAGGAGAAAGCGGUGAAGGGAGAUGGCGCACAAGAACGGGAUGUGUCGAAGCAGGAGGGCCCGAGCGCAGGCGCGGGUGGCUUCGAUCCAUUCGGUUGUUAGCAUUGCCGUGGCCACAUGCAGGCGGUAGUGGACCUGGCGUGGCGUGCCGCCUAAGAUACCGGUGUCAGCAGUUGCAUGUAUGCAGCGUGCUUCGGAUGGUGGCCAUGUAUGAUGCGGAUCCGGUGAUAGCAUUGUACCGAACUGUAUUGCCGCUGACGAGUAGUUUCCAGCAGUGAGUGUGUCGUGUGCGCGACGCGAAAUAAGCAGGUCUACCAUAUGCAAGGGAUUUUGCUGUCGCUUCUUGUUGAUGCGCAUGGAAUGCAGGAAAGGGCUGCCGUAAGUGUGUGCUGCGUGGCACUGUUGUGCCAUCAGUACAUGGCCAGACUGGCCAUUCUAA